UGACCAAAAUUUGAAGGAUAUGGUGCCAUUGAAAGGGACCCGAAAGCGGAUGGUUCAAUUCUAAAGCCAUGGAGGAGGCUGUUCUGUGCACACUCCAACAAGUAGAAGAUGUCAAAAAGCGUGUUUGAAUGAAGUUCGUCUGUAAUUUUAGUGUGUUUAAAUAAAGGCUAGUUUUGCACAUUUUCUUACUCAGUGUCAGUGCUAUUAUUCGAGAGAUGCUGAGGAUGAUGAUGCGGAAUAUAGCUGCUUCUUCUUCUUCUUAUUGCAGCAGCAGGAGAUGGAGAGGUAUGCCUUGUCUUCACUCUAACUCCACUGUUGUUUUCGCCAACGAUUACUUUGCUUUCCUUCACUGUCAACCUUCUAAAUCAAUCAAAUCUACAAGAACCCAACUAGAGCAGCCAGUGAGAAACUCACCCAAAAUCACAACUGUUGAGGAUGCUUUCAAUGUGUUUGAUAGAAUGCUUCAAAUGCGUCCUCCGCCUUCAGUUGUUCGUUUCAAUCAAAUAUUGGGUCAAGUUGCGAAAUUGAAACAUUAUUCGGCCGUCAUCUCCUUGUAUUACCAAAUGGAUGUGUCGGGAAUUGGACCUGAUGUUUAUACUCUAAACAUUCUCAUAAAUUGUUGUUGUCAUCUAAACAAAAUGGGGUUUAGUUUAUCUGUAUUGGGAAAAUUCUUCAAAGUUGGUCUUGAACCAAAUGUCAUUACUUUCAACAUUCUGUUCAACGGCUUUCUUCUUGAGAAUAGCGAGGCGGAGGCGGCAGGAAUUUUCAACAAAAUGAUUGCGGGAGGUAAUUGUCAGCCUAGUGUGAUUACUUAUGGCACACUAGUAAAGGGCUUUUGCAUGAAAGGUAACAAUAGUGCUGCCAUUCAGUUGCUUAGGAAGAUGGAGGAAGGAGCUUGCAAGCCUGACCUAGUUGUCUAUAACACAAUCAUCGACAGUCUUUGUAAGGAUACACUAGUUGAUGAUGCAUUAAACCUCUUCUCUGAAAUGAUGUGCAAGGGUUUUGCCCCAAAUGUCAUUACCUAUACAUCCUUGAUUCAUGGAGUUUGCAAAUUAGGCGAGUGGAAAGAAGCUACAAGGUUGUUGAAUGAAAUGGUGAGUAAAAAUAUCUUUCCAAAUGUGUUCACAUUCAGCGUCUUGGUAGACACAAUUUGUAAGGAGGGGAUGGUCGUGGAAGCAGAAGGUGUGGUUGAAAUGAUGAUUCAAAGAGGUAUUGAACCUGAUACGGUUACAUACAGUUCACUCAUGGAUGGUUACUGUUUGCGAGGAGAAAUGGACAAGGCACAACAAGUUUUCGAGCUAAUGCUUAGCAAGGGCUCGAUGGUUAAUGUUGUUAGUUACAACACAUUGAUAAAUGGAUAUUGUAAGCAUAAAAAAAUAGAUGAGGCCAUGAUGCUUUUUCUGGAUAUGUCUCAUAAGGGACUGGUUCCAAAUACCAUUACUUAUAACACUCUUCUGCACGGCUUUUGCAAAACAGGCAGAAUACAGGACGCACAAAAGUUGUUCUACGAGAUGCAAGCUUGUGGCCAACUUCCAGAUGUUCAAACUUAUUAUAUUUUACUGGAUGGCCUGUGUGAAAACCGACAACUUUCUAGGGCAAUGCAAUUGUUUGGAGAGAUGGAAGCGAAGAAGUUGGAUAUUGAUAUUGUGAUUUACAGUAUUCUUAUUAAAGGUUUGUGCAUAGCUGGAAAACUUGAAUCUGCAAGGGAUCUCUUUUGUGGUUUAUCAUCAAAAGGACUUCAACCUAGUGUCUGGACAUACAAUAUAAUGAUUAAUGGACUCUGUAUCGGGGGCCUAACAAGUGAAGCGGAAAAGUUGCUGGUUGAAAUGGAAGGGAAAGGCUGUUCUCCAGAUGGUUGCACAUAUAACACAAUUAUCAGAGGGCUUAUCAGUAACAAAGAGACAUCAAGGGCGAUGGUACUUAUUCAACAAAUGGUGGAGAAGGGUUUAUCUGCAGAUGCAUCAACAAUGGAGUUGAUAGUUCAAUUACUGUCGAAAGAUGAAGUGGAUCCUGCUUUGUUGCCGUUGAUCAAAGAAUCACUGUGAAAUUAAUUUGCAUCUGUGGACAAUGAACUGGUGCAUCUUUGACGACCAUAAAGGCAUUACAGUGGUCGUGGGUAUGGCAGGAGGUGAAAAUGCCUUCUCACGUGUAUCCGGAAUUUCUGGUCCAGGUGAGUUGUUUCCCAAUAAAUCUAUAUAUUGCAAUGACAUGCAUCCUGGCAAUUCAAUAAUGAGGGGGAAGUGAGGGGGAUAGACACCACUAACACUGACACUGAGACUGGAGUUGGAAGAGGUUCAUCAAGCUGGCAAAGUCCCCCAUAUCAUCACUUCUGACCUUCCCUUAUAACAUAACAUCAUCUGGAAUCACAUUGCUUAAUGAUGAUGGAAUAGAACUGACAGGACCAGAGAUAAACUCAAUUCAUUGUCAAGGACACAGUGACAUAAUUAAUUUUGAUGGGGAAAGAUUUCAGUGAUCAAUCAGAAGGAAAGCUGCACAAAUUUGCAGGCAUGUGCAAGAAAUUUAAAUGUCAUGGCAUUAGUGAUUGUUUUGGAUUGUCUGUCACCUUGUAUAUAGAAAGAUAGAUAUUCCUCAGAGUUAUAACCUCAUAAGCAGCAUGGCUUCCCCGCGCACUAAGCUAACUGUGAAGGAAAGAUAAACCAAGAUUUAGAACUUGCCGAUGGCCCUUUUUGUUUUAUCUUCUACUUUUGUAUCCUUCUAGCUUCUUUCAUGAACAGGGUUUAAAAUUAGGCAGAUGAGAAUGUUGGUCGGCUUAUUUCUUGUGUAUUGGCCUGUACAUAACAAAGGCUUUGAUGAUCUAAAUGCUUUCUAGUAAUUCAAGUUUGUUGUUCCAUUAUGUACUCUUUAA